AUGUCGCUCCUCCGACAGACCACCGCCGGCCAUCUCGGCCGUCCCUUGGCAGGCUUGAUCGGCGCUUCGGCUCGACAGUGCGCUCAACCUGUUGCUUCAGCAUGGUCAGCCCCAGCGUCGCGUCGCGGUCGUGCUACUGCCGUUGAUCCCAACGAUAUUGCUGCUAACGGUGGUGUCGUCGCCGCCGCCGCCUCCUCCUCUACCAUCCCUUCGGCUUCCACUGUUGCUCCUCUCCCAGCAACCGAAGGGGCCAUUCGACACAACUGGUCUCGCAAGGAAGUUCAACAGAUCUACGACUCGCCUCUCCUCGAGCUCGUCUUCCGCUCCGCCAAUGUCCACCGUCAGCAUCACCCCGUCAACCGUGUUCAGCUCUGCACGCUCAUGAACAUCAAGGAAGGCGGAUGCUCCGAAGACUGCGGUUACUGCUCUCAGUCGUCCAAAUACGAGACUCCUUCCAACGCAUCCAAGCUCGAGGACCUCGAGACCGUUCUCACCGAGGCGCGCAAGGCCAAGGCCAACGGAAGCACCCGCUUCUGCAUGGGUGCAGCGUGGCGUGAGGUCGGCGGUCGCAAGCGUGGUUUUAACCGCAUCCUCGACAUGGUUCGCGAAAUCCGUGGCAUGGGUAUGGAGGUCUGCACCACUCUCGGAAUGUUGACUACAGAACAGGCCAAGCAGUUGAAGGAAGCUGGCUUGACUGCCUACAAUCACAACCUGGACACUUCGCGAGAGUACUACGGCAAAGUCGUCACUACGCGCAGCUACGACGAUCGUAUCGGCACCAUCGCUAAUGUCCGCGAGGCGGGCAUCUCGGUUUGUUCGGGUGGUAUUUUGGGUCUCGGUGAGGAACACGAGGAUCGUGUCGGACUGAUCUGGGAGAUGAGCACUCUUCCUGAGCAUCCCGAGAGCUUCCCUGUGAACGCUCUCGUUGCCAUCCCCGGUACGCCCAUGGAGCAGAACAAGCCCAUCACCUUUCAAGAGAUGCUCCGAACCGUCGCUACCGCUCGUAUUGUCCUACCCGGUUCCAUCAUCCGUCUUGCCGCUGGUCGUCACCUUUUCACCGAAUCCGAACAGGCGAUGGCUUUCCUCGCCGGUGCCAACGCCAUCUUCACGGGAGAACGCAUGUUGACCACCCCCACUUCUUCGUGGGAUGAGGACAAGGCUAUGCUCGGAAGGUGGGGUCUCCGAGGCAUGGAGAGCUUCGAGGACAAGACGAUGGUGAAACACCAGACUGUUACGUUGGACUCGUCUGUCGAUGCAGGUGCAGUGGAGGAGCGACGUGCAAAGGCAAAGGCUAGCGAGGCGUUCCAGUCGGCUUAG